AAACGUCAAACGUCUAUGAAAUUUUGACGUUUACUUAACACUUGCACAGGCUGAGCUAUCAAACUCGCUGUCAACUUAGCUUGGCCCGACUCUAGUUCCUGAAUUGUGUAGCUAAGCUAACAGUCCUACUUUUGGCCAGAUCCUGAAGCGAAUAAUUCGGGAUACGAAAGUAUGUGUCCAUCAGAGUUGUUUGACAGUCAGUCAGAGGCAAACGAGCAGAUGAAUAGCCUGAUGGCAGCAUUAAGCAAUUACCGCCCAUGGACCCUUGUAUUUCCUUAGGGGUUCCAAGUGCGUCGGAAAAGAAGUGCUGGUGGCCUAGCGGUAAGAGCGUGCGACUUUCAAUUCGGAGGUCGGGGGUUCAAACCCCGGCUCGUAACAAUGAGGUUUUCAGAACUUAUGUACGAAAUAUUUUUUGAUAUUUACCAGUCGCUUUUCGGUGAAGGAAAACAUAGUGAGGAAACCGGACUAAUCCCAAUAAGGCCUAGUUUACCCUCUGGCUUGGAAGGACAGAUGACAGUCGCUUUCGUAAAAACUAGUAUACCAAUUCUUGGGAUUAGUUGCCAAGCGGACCCCAGGCUCACAUAAGCCGUGGCCAAAAAUGCCGGGAUAACGCGAGGAAGAAGUAUUGGAAAUACUGCGGGCGACAGUUUCACAAAAUUUGUCUGGUGAACAAAUCUUUCCUCGUUCGCAUUUCACAGCUUGAAGUGUAGGUAUAUUAAAGAAUCGCCUCGCCUGUCAAAAAUAUCAAUGCGAAUAGGUGUGACGGACAACGAAGACAGGACAGAUUGACCAUCCAUGCCGCACCGCGCCCAAAUGAAUCAAUGCUCUUAUCAGCCCUGAUAACCUAACAUCGCCGAUAACCCAUUCCACCGGCACACCGCACGCUUCCUACACAUUUCGCGUAUUUAUUACUUGUUAUAAUUUAACGACAACUAAUUAUAAUGAUGACUUGGUGAUCGACGAUUGUCAUUUUCAUAAAGCCGGCGCGGCGCCUUGUUGACCAGUAUUUUAGACCCACGAUCGCUUGUUGUUGUUACCGAUGUAUGGGUUAAUUAAAAGUAGGACAUGUAUUUAACGUUUAUGAAUAAACAGUAUUGUUAUUGUUAGUGUUAGAAAAUGUUUGUGUUAGUGUGUUUGUUAUUGUGUGUGUGCGCGCGUGCUCAAGAUCAAAUCAUUGUUGAAGUUAUUAGGUAAGUAUUAACGUCUUUUUUUGGGUCAGUUGUUUGAGUCUAUUAAGUACCCUUCAGUUAGUAUACGUCUAAUAAAAGGAGGAUAACUUCGAUAUCUAAGGAUUUUACAACACAUGCCAUCGAUAUAUUAUUUGAAUAUUAUUAAUAAAAUACAAGUGUUUAUGAAGUGGUCCUGCUUUGAUAAGACAUUGCGGCGUCACUAUCAGAUUACGAUGAACCAGCAUAAGCCGCGUAAAUUUGUUUAUGAGACAACUUUUAUUGAACACUGAUUCACAUUUAUUUGUUAAAUUAAAGGAACGUUACCUAAAAUCAGGACAAUAACAGAAUUUAGUCAUUUACGGGGUCGAAUCCUCGCCGCAAAUAAAAACUUUGUCAGUAUGCAUCAUAUUUACCCCAUGAUAACUACUGGUUUCUCAGCAAGAGGAAAGAGAAAAAAAUCGCAAAGAGCAAUAAGGCUGCAGUAUGAGCAGACGCAGACGCUGGUGGUCAAUCGCUCCGUGGAGUACGUCGUCGAGUUUGUCCCGACAGAGGAGCAAAUGGUAUGGCCGGCGCGAAUAACAGCGCACGUGUCGGCUGGCGACGUGGCGCGUCCCGUGCUGCUCACCGCGCGGCAGCGCUCCGGCGCAACGACGUGGCAGCUGCCGUACUACCACGAGCAGCGACUGCUAUAUGAACUCACGCGGACGCUGUGCCCCGACGGGGCAGGCGGCGAUCAAAUAGACUCGGAACAUUGCGAUGGCAACGACGCGCUGCGUGGCUUCACGCUACACGUGGGGUCGACGUGCGCCACGCCCGUGGAGGUGACACUGCGCGCCGACCCGGCGUGGAACUUUCUCAUUCAGUACAAUACAGACAGCACCUUCGUGAUUACUAAGACGGCGCCCCUGGUGGCGCUGUACCGGUGGCCGGAGAACCAGGAUCGAGCAAGACUGAUAGUGAGUGCCGUGGAUGAGGUGUGCGCCACUGUCUCCGUACAGAACUAUACGUGCCCGUUCGCGCAGACAAUUGACUUGAUAGAGAUGAUCGGUCUUAGAAUGACCGUGGAGAAGUCAGGAGCUGUGCAACUAUCGCGCAGCUCAUACCCAUAUGGGUUCCUAGUAGUGGCAGUGGUGCGCACUGACCAGAGACCGUGUCGAGGAGACGAUACCAACGACGAUGCAGACUGGCUGAUAGAAGCCGCCCUAUGGGGCGAGAGGGACGAGAGCCAAUAUGUGCCCACUACCAAGACCAUCACCGUCACUAUCAAGGCAGCGUUGUCCCGCGGGCAGUACGUGCUAGCGGCUUGCGUGACUAUCGCCAUAUUCCUGCUAUUCUACGUGGCGUUCGGCGCGCUGGUGCUGGCGCGCCGCUGGGAGCCGCUGUCGCGCCGCAUCGGCUCCCUCGCUGUGCUGGCUCCUGAUGUGAUAGACGGGCAGCCAUCGCAGAUAGACGCGAGCGUCUCGGCCGCUUCACCCACACGACAACGAAGGGACUCCACGGCAACCUUUGACAGCAGCGACAACAGUGAUACAGACUCAGACGAGGAGCCAACGGCCUCACCGACUGCCUCACCAACGACCCCUGCCCCAUCCACAGAAGCCCCAGUUACGACGGCUGUUCCAAAUAUCCCACCUGACAGCUCCACUCCUGCAGCCUCUCCUGAAUUUAUUCGCUCUACACCACUAGUCAACUCCACUCCUGAAGGCUCGCCCGAAGUCAACAUCCGAUCGGAUACUCGCAAUGGAUCAGCUCUUGUGUCACCAGAAGUUCCUGUCCCUUCGGCUGGUCCUACUCAACUAUCUACCUCCCCACAGGAAGCCACAACUGAUAGUAAUGGACGGAUUCCAAAUGUCCAGGAGGCCGUAGCAAACGCCCGACCGCUCUCAGAAGCCGACCGACCGUUCGGUCUGCCGGCAGAACUCCGCCUGGCGGCGCUCGCUCGGCGCCGAGCGCGCGUGCUCCGCGCCCGCUCCGACCGAUACCUGCACACACUAUAUACUGUGGCUGUCUUUUACGCACUACCCGUGGUCCAGUUUGUUGCCGCCUUUCAAAUGGUUAUGAACGUGUCCGGUUCCCUGGACAUCUGCUACUACAACUUCCUGUGCGCGCACCCGGCGGGUGCACUGGCAGACUUCAACCACGUCUUCUCUAACUUAGGAUACCUGCUGCUGGGUGCCCUGUUGCUGAUACAAGUGCGAGCGAGGCGGCAACGGCGUGUUAAAAAGCCCAGGCAUGAGGAGUACGGAAUACCAGCGCACUACGGUCUGCUAUCAGCGCUGGGUGCGGGCAUGAUGGUGGUCGCACUGCUCUCCGCCAGUUAUCACGUAUGCCCCAACGGGCUCAACUUUCAGUUCGACGUGGCCUUCAUGUACGUGCUGGCGGUGCUGAGCAUGGUGAAGAUCUACCAGGCGCGCCACCCCGACGUCAACGCGCGCGCACACGCUACCUUCGGCGUGCUCGCCGUUCUUAUUGCCAUUGUGGUGUGGGGCGUCCUGGGCGGCGGGGCCUUGUUCUGGGGCGCGGUCACGGUUCUGCACGUGUUCGCCGUGCUGCUGCUGUCGCUGCGAAUCUACUACGUCGGCCAGUUCCGCCUCGAGAAGCAGAGCUUGUUCGUAGCAGCUCGAGGGCUACAACCUCGCUCGCGGCCAUUGUAUGCGGCGCGGCUGGUGCUGCUUCUCAUAGCCAACGCCGUCAAUUGGGUGUUUGCCAUUUACGGGUUGUUCAUGCAGGCGGCGGACUUCGCGUCGCAUUUGCUGAACGUGUUGCUAGCGAAUACUUUGUUGUAUAUGUUGUUCUACCUCACCAUGAAGCUCAUGCACGGCGAGCGACCGCGAUGGUACGCGUGGUGCUACCUGGGCGGCGCGGUGGCGGCGUGGGUGCCGGCGCUGUACUUCUUCCUGUCGGGCUCCACGGACUGGUCCUCCACGCCCGCUCGGAGCCGACACAAGAACCACGAGUGCAUGAUAAUGGAUUUCUACGACUCUCACGACUUGUGGCACAUGCUGUCGGCGGCGGCGCUGUACCUGUCCUUCGCGGCCAUGCUCACGUGGGACGAUGGGCUGUCCGCCGUCCGGCGCACCGAUAUCGCUGUGUUCUGAUCAAUAAACUGUUGUUCAAUG